UCGCUCACCUUAUUUUGUUUGAUCUGCUGAUGACGACAUCACUUCCGGACCAAUAGUAAACAGGCACGAAGGCGCAUGCGCACUUAUUCAAUGACAAUUGUUGAUAAUCAGCUGGAGUUAUUUUUUUGCAUUUGGUGAAAUAUUGAGCCCGAGCCCCUGACAGUGGGGCCUGCUAUACAGCAAACUCACAUUAGCUUUCGGUCUUACAUGAAGGGCUAAUGGAAGACGCAAGGGAUUUGGCUGAACGCACUUCACGGUCAGAAAGGAAGAGAAGAGACUCGUUUGGCAUGUUUGACGGCUAUGAGAGCAGUGAGGAGUCGAGCAGCAGCUCCAGCACAGAGGACAGCGAGGAUGAAGAGCGCAGUCUUCCUGCCGGUCUGCCCAUCAUCAAGAACAACGGGCAGGUGUACACCUACCCAGAUGGAAAAGCUGGCAUGGCAACUUGUGAAAUGUGUGGAAUGGUCGGGGUCCGAGAUGCUUUUUACUCCAAAACAAAGAGGUUCUGCAGCGUAUCCUGCUCCAGAAGUUAUUCCUCCAACUCAAAAAAAGCCAGCAUAUUGGCCAGACUUCAGGGGAAACCACCAACAAAAAAAGCAAAGGUCUUACAGAAACAGCCACUCAUGGCAAAAUUGGCAGCUUAUGCACAGUAUCAAUCGACUCAGCAGAGCCCAGCUAAAUCAAAAUCAGCUGUUCCUGUUGAGGGCUUCGACUGGGGUCAGUACAUUUGUAGCAAUAACCUGAUCGGAGCUCCAGUAAGCUGUUUCAAACAUGUACCUUUGGGUUUAUUCUGGGGUGACAUUACUGAGGGUGUGAGGGUCGAGGUUCUCAAUUCUGACACAAACCUCUCCACCAAAGUUUACUGGAUAGCAGCGAUUGUUAAAUUGGCAGGUUUUAAAGCACUUCUCCGAUAUGAGGGAUUUGAAAACGACUCGAGCCAUGACUUCUGGUGUAAUCUGUGCGUCCCAGAAAUCCAUCCUGUCGGAUGGUGUGCCUCGAAUGGUAAACCCCUGGUACCUCCUAAAUCAAUCCAGCAUAAGUGCUCUAACUGGAAAGUUUUUCUCGUGAAGCGACUCACUGGAGUGAAAACUCUGCCACCUGAUUUUGCUAAAAAGGUGCAGGAGAGCAUGCAAUACCCGUUUAAGAAGCUGAUGCGUGUGGAGGUGGUGGAUAAAACUCACCUGUGCCGGACGCGUGUAGCUCUGGUGGAGCAGGUGAUCGGGGGCCGACUGCGACUCGUCUAUGAAGAGAGCCAGGACGGCUCAGAUGACUUCUGGUGUCACAUGUACAGCCCACUCAUCCAUUCCAUCGGCUGGUCAAGGAGCAUCGGGCACCGCUUUAAAAGAUCUGAAGUGUCAAAGAAAAUUGAUGGUCUUACAGAUGCCCCUUCCCAGUUAUUUCUAAAGGUGAGGGAUGUAGACCAGAGUGGCGAGUGGUUUAAAGAUGGCAUGAAGCUGGAAGCAAUAGACCCUCUCAAUCUCUCAGCUAUAUGUGUCGCUACUGUAAGAAAGGUGUUGGCAGAUGGGUACCUCAUGAUUGGAAUUGAUGGCUCAGAAGCAGCAGAUGGCUCCGAUUGGUUCUGCUACCACUCCACCUCUCCCUCCAUUUUCCCAGUGGGCUUCUGUGAAAUCAACAACAUUGAGCUCACACCUCCAAGAGGGUACAACAAACUGCCAUUCAAAUGGUUUGACUACCUCAGAGAAACAUGUUCAAUAGCAGCCCCUGUGAAGCUCUUUAACAAAGAGGUCCCGAAUCACGGCUUCCGCGAAGGCAUGAAGCUGGAGGCGGUGGACCUGAUGGAGCCACGUCUGGUGUGUGUAGCCACCGUAACCAGGAUCAUCCACAGACUCCUGCGCAUUCAUUUCGAUGGCUGGGAGGAAGAGUAUGACCAGUGGGUGGACUGUGAGUCUCCAGACCUUUACCCUGUAGGCUGGUGUCAGGUCACCGGCUACCAGCUCCAGCCACCUGCUGCACAGACCACGAGGGAAGCACCUCCUAAUGUGACAAAACAGAAAAAGAAAGCUCCACAGUACAAAGGACAAAAGAAAAAGAGGAAGAUUCCAGUUGGGAGGAGGCCGCUCGGGUUUGGUGGGUCUCUGAGGAGGAGCAGUUUCUCAGGCGAUGAAGAGCAGACUCCGUCCCUUUACCUUCCCCACCCACCUGGUGUGGAGCGCGAUCGCUCACUCAACUCAGAGGCCACGCUGCAGAUAAAGGAGGAGACUCCAGAGGUGGACGAGUUCACCUUCUCCCAGGGCACAUCAGACCAAGAGAGCAACGGCUCGGGCAGUUACUACAUCAAACAGGAGCCGUGAGUGUCGGCCCUGCUGGAGCCUUACCUCACUGCCAACAGCACUGGAAGAUCCCGUUCAGAGCGACACACACACACACACACACACACACACACACACACACACACACACACACACACACACACACACACACACGGCCUGGGAGAACAGGGUGACCUUACUUCCUCUUGCACGCCAGGUCCUUUUCUUUUCAGGUAAGAAAAGCUGAUGAAGAGUUCUGUGAGAGAGACAUAACGGGGAUUUUCUUUGGAAAGGGGAUAUUUCCUGACUUUUGUUCGAUCAGUUUGCCAGAUGGACUUUUUCCUCAGUGAUCAUUGUACUUGAAGUUUUCGUAGCUGUUUGUUUUUUGUUUUUUUUUCUGUAUCAUUUUCAGUAACCUUUUUUUUUUUUUUUUUUUUUUUUUUUUUCUUCUUCCUCCAAGACCAUGUGUCUCAUGCGCUGAUUUUUUUCGAAAGCCCUUUUAUUUGGAUGGGUGUGGAUUUUGUAAGAGCAGUAAAAAUCUAUAUUGAUAAAGUAUAUCCAUAUAUGUAUGACACAUUAACUAAAUAGUAGAGUAGUGGAGUAAGGGUUAAUAUUCUAUUGGUCAUAAGCCUUCCUGGUAAGAAGAGGUAUAGCCUAAUGGAAAACACUGUCACAUUUUGCACUACAGGGAUGUAAAAUUAAAUGUAUAUCAGCCUGUGAAAAUGUUGAAGUUACAGCUUUAUUGUAUUAAACGACAAACAAAUGUACAAUAUGUAUAGUGGCUGACAAGUCAACCAUUCAGAGAGGGGAUAUUUGCUCUAAUCAGCAUUACGAUAUGCAAGAACAUUUAUUUGAUAUGAAGCCAGUGUUGAUUAUCUCUUGAUCUCAUACGUGGAGCCAUUUUUAUAUACUGGUUUAAGUAUUUUAUGAGCCACAGAAUAAACAAACGAAGAACAUGACAUUUACUAGCCACUCAACACUACUUUGCCAUGAUCUUAAACUCACACAGCAGAGACUUUUCCAUAUCGCUGAGAUGUGAGAGCCGAGUUCAUCCCUGAACGCCAUGACAGUUUACCAGCCUCUCUGCUUUUGUACUGAACCAAUGAGUGAUUACGUCUAUAUCCUAAGAGCAAUCGUCGAUCUGAUGUGUUCGAAUCCGAACGUUCAUUCCAGAAUAAAGAUUUUUUGUACUACCUCUUUAGAAUGAGUUUGAAAUCUACAUCGGCUAAGGGUUCACGUGUAAUCACGCCGCUUUUGCUCGGUUCUUUAACCAUCUUCCUGCAAUAGCUAGUUUUCACUUACCAUUGGAAGGACUAUAAUUCACCGUAUGCAAAAUGAGUUUAUAAAUUCACAUGCACCAUAUAUUAUACUUUACAAGUUACCAAACAUUUAUAUUUGUUACAUAUUGUGAUAUUGAGAGUCCUUAAAUUUGAAGAUAUGCAAUAAUACAGUAAUGUGUUGUUUUACAAUGUCUUAUUCUUUAAAAAAAAUAUCAGAACACAUAAAUAUAUACUUACAGACUAUACACCUAAAUCAGAUACUCUUACAAUAUGUUGUAAAACUGUGAUGAUUUUGUAGAAGCUAGACUUUCCCUCUUAUGGACUAUGUUGAGUGUUCUAUUAAAAAAAAAAAGACAAAAAAACAAACAAAAAAAAAAAAAGCGAUAUUGUUUGCAUAGUGAUUUAUAUAAUUCUUCUAUAAUUAUAAUCUCUAUCAGUACCAGUGAGGCUGUUGGUGAAUUUCUCAGGAAAUCUUGUAUUUCAUUGGCUUUUUUUUUUUAUUAUUUUUAAUUUCCUCAUUACUGAAUCCAGUUUCCAUAUGGAUGUGAACAUUUUCCUGCAUUUGCUUUCAUUUACAGUACCUCAGAGUAAUACAGAACUCAGAAGCCAAAUGAAAUAUUUCUAAAGCCCUGUCACUCAAGCCCAGUUCCCGCACAGCCACAGCACUGCGCCGCUGCGUUUUUCUGCGUUCGUGCACCUGACCAGGCUCAUGAAAGCUGUGGCUCAGGUGCGAGUUGGCGAAAACGUUAAACUGUGCAGUACUCUGGCUUCUCAUGACAGACUCACUCAUAUGGACCCCAUUCCACUCUCUCGUUAUUAUUCCCUCCACUCCUCCGUGUGCCAGUUCCAAGAUUUUCACCUAGCUAGAUGUUGAUCAUUUUGGUGUGUAUUUGUUUUAAACUCUAUAUGACAUCUGUUGAAGCAAUAACAUGUUGUGCUACAAUGUUGUCAUAUUGAUGUGUUUUUGCAUCAGUGGUUGCUUUGUACAUUUGUGAAAAUAUUUUGCUUUACUUCCAUUUGACUGUUCACUUGUGGUCUUCUAAAGCAGUCUCAGUUUUCUAUAUAGGCUAUUCCUCAAAAUCAUAGCAUCAGGAUUACGGUCAACACUGGUUUGAUGUCAGCUCACAUUAUUUUGAAUUAUUAUUCUUUUUUCAUUUUGACCAAAUUCACCUAAUUGUCUGCAUCUAUUAAGACAUGACUGUUUCAAGGCAUGAGAUUUUUGCUGCUACCCUCAAAUCAAUCGUAACACACCCUAACGCACAACUUCACCUUUAAAGCUAAAAAAAUUUUUUUCUUGAUAGCAAAUGUGAUGCCUUAUCCUGUUUAUUCAAUAUUAGAAAUGUUAAAAAUGUUUCUAAGAAAAAAAAAAAGAAGAAGAAAUUAAGGGAUAACAAUGUGCAGUAGAUUGAUAAUCAUCAGUGCAUGCAGCAAUGUGAG